AUGUCGUACGAGACGAUUUCCGUGCGAAUGAAUCGCAGUGAUCCGAGCAUCAGAUGGGGCUUCACGUUACGGCAGCAAGGAGCCAAGCUCGUCGUCGCCACGGUAGAAAGUGACUCGCUUUCGGAUAAAGCUGGAAUGAAACCAAAUGAUGAAGUUGAUGCCGUCUGUGGACGAGAUGCAAAGCCAUUAUUUUUUGCAUAUGAGCGUUCGUUAACGAGGCAAACGCUUAUCGAAAGGUCACACCAGGAGGUGCAGUUCAAUCUCAGACGUUAUGUCACAUCGCACACAUGCUUACCGUGGACGCUGACGGAGCAGGACAACAAGCUGAUCGUCGACGAGGUGCGACCUGGAUUCGGCUCUGGAUUUGGCACG